GAAGGAGAAUGGGAACAUGAAGAAAUCAUUCUUGAAAGGGGUUCUACUGGUUUAGGAUUUAGUAUCGCUGGUGGCACUGAUAACCCCCAUAUUGGUGAUGAUCCAGCUAUAUUUAUCACUAAGAUCAUACCUGGUGGAGGUGCAGCUUUAGAUGGUAGAUUGAGAAUGAAUGAUAUAAUUGUUAAAGUGAAUGACGCAGAUGUAUCAAAUACAACACAUGCUGGAGCUGUAGAAGCUUUGAAACAGGCUGGAACCAAAGUUAUAUUGUAUGUUAAGAGAUUGAAGGCACCAACUGAAAAUGUAAUGGAAUUGGAAUUAGUAAAAGGAAAUAAAGGUUUAGGAUUCAGUAUUGCAGGAGGUAAAGGUAAUCAACACAUUCCAGGUGAUAAUGGUAUAUUUGUAACUAAAUUAAUUGAAGGUGGAGCUGCUGAACAAGAUGGCCGACUAGCUGUUGGUGAUCGAUUAAUUGCUGUAAAUGAAGUCAAUUUAGAAGAAGUCACACAUGAAACUGCCGUACAAGCAUUAAAGGCAACACAAGAUGUUGUUCAUUUAACAAUAGCUAAACCAUCUUAUUUACAAGAAAAUUUAGAUUCUUCCUAUACAGGUAGGUAUAUCAUAUACUUUAAUUUCUGUAUUGUGUAUGUAAAGCAACAGUAG